AUGUCUCAAAUUAAUACACCAACCUCUAAUGCAUCAAUAUAUUUAAAUUCAGUGUGUCCAACCUACAAUGAAUUAGGUGAUAAUACAUUCUACAAUUUACCGAAUAAUAUACCUCAACAAACUAAAGAAAUAUCAUGGCCUAUACUAAAUGGUAAAACAAUUAAAAAAUUAGUAUUAGAAGAUAGAUAUUUAAAUAUAGCAAGACCACCAAUGGGACCUUAUGAAUCAACUAGUUAUGUUUCAUUACCAAGACAUAUUGUAUCAGAUUUUAAUAAUAAAAUAAAACUGAUUGAAAGAGCUCAAGAAGGUAAUUUACAUAUUGGAGCAAAUGUAAAUCCUUUAAUACAAGAUCCUUUUAGAAAUCCAAGUUUAAAUCCUGGAGCAUUGACUACUAUUAUUGAAUUAAAACCUGAAUUUAAACUGAAGAAUCCUUUUAAAAUUGUAUUAAAUUUGGAGAAAUUAUUGAUUAAUGAAGAUGAUUAUUUAAAUAUACAAGAUGAAGUAUCUGGUUGGGAAACUAAUGAUAAUUUUGAUUCAUAUACUAAGCUACUAGUUUCUUCAAAUGUUAAUGUUUUGAAUAUAAUUGGAUUGUCUGAAACAUUUGAAUUCACAAACACUAUAGAACGAAAUGAGCCUCAAACAACAAAUUUAAUAGAAAAACCUAUACUAAGAAUUCAAUUUGAUCAUUCUGCAAUCAUCACUUCACUAAUUACUUUCACUUUAAAUAACGAACUCAUUAUAGUACUUGGAUUUCAUUCUGGGGUUAUAUCCAUCAUAAAGCCUAAAAAUAUGAAGAUCAAAAACAUCAAUUUCAAUUCAAAUAUACGAGAAGAAUCUUUAGAAAUUAUAGGUGUAUCAUCUUUACAUAUUAUGCAACAUAAUCUUUACGAAUAUUUAAUCGUUGCUGGGUUUUCAAAUGGAGAAGUGGCUAUUAUAAAUCCUACUGGAGAAGCAUCUCCUUAUAAAAAAACAGUUGAAGAUAAAGAUGAAUUUGUUACAUUUUUUAAAAAAUUUGAUUUAAGUCCAUUUGCAACAACUUCAAAAAAUCAAAUUAUUGGUCAUUUUAAAUUAAGUCAUAAACCAAUAACUUCUAUAACUUCAACUAUGUCAAUUGAAAAAUCAAAUCAAAUUACAGAUUUACAACCUCAAUUAUUAGCUAUUGCAUCUUCAGAUGGAUUUAUAAAAUUUAUUGAUUUAAUGUUUACUUUUACAAAAAAUGAUACAAAUAGUAUUGUUACUGAUAUAAUUUCAAAUUAUUUUAAUAGUGGAAUAUCAGAUUUAAAAUUUAGUCCUGAUUUUAAAUUUUUUAGUAUUGUUGGAAAAGGAGAUUUAAUUGAAGUUUUUAAAAUGACUUAUUAUAAUGCUAAUGGAUUAUUAAAAAGACAAAAUAGUAGAUCAAGAAGUGGAACUAUAAAUAGUAUUACAUCAACUUCUGAAAAUCAAGAAAUAAAAUAUCCUCCCAUAAUAAAAUCAAUUCAAAUUGUUUGUCGUUUUAAAGGACAUACAAAUAUGGUUAAAUCUAUACAAUUUUUAAAAGAUAAUGAUGAUACUUCAUCAAUGUAUAGAUUGAUAAGUUGUGGAUCAGAUGGUAAAAUAUUUGUAUGGGAAUUUGAUUAUAAAGCUAUACCGAAAGUUAAAAAACCUAUAACUCAAACACAUCAACAUCAUCAUUAUCAUCAUCUGCAUCUGAGACCUAGAGAAGGUAGAAAAUCAAUACAUGAAAAAAAAAAUAGUAUACCUAUAAUAACUCAUAGCCCAAGUCCUUUACCUCAUACAAGAUCAUCAUUACAUAAAAGAACAAAAUCAGAAGAUCCAAUAUUUAAAAAUCCUUCAUUAACUAAUUUAUUAUCUACUAAAAAUAUUAAUCUAAAUAGUGUUUUACAAGAUGAUGAAAAUACAAAGCAAAACACUGUUGGUGGAAAUCAAGUUGAUAAUGUAAUUGCAUUAUAUAAACAAUUAUUAGAUAUUAGAAAUAAAAAAGAUUUACAAAAAAAAUUUGGACAAUAUGGUACAAUAAUUUCACCAAUUAUAAAUGAUAAAUAUAUGGAAAAAUUGAUAAUUUUAUUUUAA